GGUAUCACUUCACUCGCAGCUCUCCGAAAUCCCUAGAAAUUCUUCUUCUUCUUCUUCUUCAUCAUCCUCCAAAUGCAGAAACCGCCAUGGAUGAGGCUCCGACGAAAUGGAACGUCACCUUCACGAAGCACCUCAAGCAGAAGCGCAAGGUCUACCGCGACGGCUUCCUCUCUCUCCACUCCUCCUCCGCCAAGGUAAUGCUGUAUGACGACAGCGACCAGCUGUUGGAAUGCAGGAUCUUGAAGAAUGACGAAGUUGUUUGCUCCGGUGAGACGCUGACGUUCAAUGCUUAUCUGGUUGAUGUUGGAGAGCCUGAAGGAGGGCAAAAGCCUCUCGAUGAUACUUAUGCUUGCAGCCGAGAAAAUAAAGUCCCUAAGCGAACGAAUCUGCUUCACAGAAACAAGUUCGUCAACGUAUCUGAUUGUGCCGGAGAUGAGAAGACCAUAGUGGAGAAGCAUAAAGAGCAGACGAUCAGCCUAAGUCCAUCGCAGAAGAUUAUUAGAGAAUUCAAGAAGAAUGAAAUAAACAAGUACGGCAUAUUGCAGGCGAGUCCGAACUCAAGGACAUCAAGUACGACAGAUUGGCAUGUCUUGUAUACAACACAAUUAACUCAAAAGUCGAAGAAAUAUCAUGAUGGCUUCUUGCGUUGUAUAAGCAGUGGAUCUAUCACUAGACAGGUUUUCUUGUAUGAUAUGAGCUGGAAACUUUUAGAUAGUAGGUUCCUGAGCAAAGCUGAAGAAGUAAGCCCUGGGGAGAUGAUGGAAUUUCCUGGUCAUUUGGUUGAAGUUGGCAAUCGUGAAGCAAACCAUGAAUCUUUGAGGGAACUAAAUCUAAAUUCAAGCGGAAACAGCUUCAGUUCUCUUCACAAAUUAUAUAUGCAAAAGCAGCAGUGUAAUGUUACUACCGUUAAAUCUGCUGUAGAAGCAGAAAAAAAUGGCCAGGUGCAUCAGAAUGGGGUAAAGGGGAGUAUAUUAGAUGCUGGAAAAUCAGGCGUAACAGAAUGGCAGGUUUUGUACACAACACAAGUAACUCAAAAGGCCAAGAAAUACCAUGAUGGUUUUCUGCAGCUUGAAGUUCACGGAUCCCUAGGGAGGCAGGUCACACUGUAUGAUGCUAGUAGGAAAAUCUUGGUGAAUAAAUUUCUUAGGAGAGAUGAAGUGUUGGGAACUGGAAAAUCUCUGGUGUUCGAUUCUCACUUGGUUGAUAUUGGGGAGCAUGUGGUAAAAGAAAAGGGGGCAAUGGGUUUGAAUGAUCGUGAAACAUGUCGCGCUGCCGGAGAAAUGAGGACAGGCCAUGAGGAGGUGGAUGGUGCUAAAGUUGAUCAAUCAAUCCUGGGAGUACCCUGGCAUAAACAUGGAGACAAAACUUCGGGGAAGGUCCAUCCAGCGAGAGAUUCGGAUUCAAACAGUGGAAUAUCUGGUAUGAAAAGCACAGAUUGCAUCAGGAGAGUUUCCGAGACCAAGCCUCUACGUGAUGCCUGUCAAAUACUAUCUGUGCUGCGAAAACCAUUAGAUCAAGUUGCCAUUGCUGAAAAUUCAUACGAAAGGAAGGCAAGUUUUGCUUCCCUAACGAAGGAGCUUCAGGAUCCAGAUGAGUUUUGUGAUGGAUCUCAAAGACAAAGAGCACCAGCUCCCGAGCUGCCUUCGGUGGAGAAUGUGGACACUGGAAAUCUGACUGAUACCGCCAACAAUGAAAAGUUACCUGGUCUAAUGAAGUCUGAAUUCAAUGAAUCUUACUUGACGGGGGACUUUGCAAUUGGCAACUCACAGCCUUCUCAUGGGCAAGCUGUCCCCAAGUGCUGCAGCGACAAUCUUGUUUCUGAAGCAUUGCUUUCACACUGUUCUCACAGCAAUGCUAGUGAUAAAAGAAUGGACCCUGAAGGAGAUAGAGAUCCAUUGAAAGUGAAGGCUGAGUGUCCCAGUUUUGAUCUUGGAUUUUGAACCAUAUCCAUUGCUCAUUCAACAAUAUUGUUACUGAAGAAUCUUCUGCCUGUCACACAUGAAACUGUACAGUUGAGCUCCUGUUUUUAUGUGGAGCGUUCUGGUGCCAAAUUCAUUUGCAGCUGUCUGAUCUGAAACGUUUUUAGUUAUACGACAUAAUCAAAGUAUUUCCAGUGAUCUUCAACAUAUUUAGGUACACUUUUGAUGCAAAGAAACUCAUAUGUGGGUC